GCGCUGGCCCCGCCGGAACGGAGCGAGGCAGCGCUGCAGGCGGCUUGACGCGGCUCCGCUUGGCCGCCGGAGCCCCUCGCUGCCCGGGAGUUGCUGCUGUUGUUUUAACAACAUUGAUGCGAACAUCAUAGUGAUAGUGGAACCCUCACUGAUCCUGCGCUGGGCUUGGAGUUGUCCCUGUUUCCUCUGUGUGGCCACACUGUCUCCAACACACCACUAGUCCCAGAGUGGCAUUUACUUACCAAGUUCACCUUGAUCAUCACGACAACACGCUCCACGAGAUGGAAGACACCGAGCCAUGGUACUCUCAGAAAGUGUACGCGAGGUACUGGAGGCACUAUGACUUAGCCAUGCGCUGGAUGCGCAGGCACCAGAAAGCCUACAGGAAAGCCAUGGAGUGCUUUUAUCACCUGCCAUGGCAUCCUGCUACAGCCUCUCCAAGCAGCCACUACUCGGGUUGGGAUGGGAAUGAUCUCCCAGAUGUCAGAGUUCCUUAUCAUGGGGGAGCUCAGGAGUUCGCAAGUGGCUACCAGGAGAGGGAGGAUGCUGAUGAGGACUCCGAAAUGGAAGAGGAUGCUGAAAUGGACUCUGAAAUGGAGGAAGAUUCUGAGUCUGAAGGGGAGAUAGAAUAUGACUUGAGUAACAUGGAGAUCACAGAGGAGCUUCGCCAGUUUUUUGCAGAGACAGAGAGGCACCGAGAAGAGCUGCGGAGGCAGCAGCAGCUGGAGGCUGAGGACCCAUACGUGGAGGCUGAUCAAGACCUGCACAGGAGGGUGGAGCGUUCUGUGGAGCCGCCUACAGAAAGACCUGGGGAGCGCCGCAUGGCAGAAAUGAAGAAACUGUAUGGUGCUGAAGCUGCCAAAAUCCAGGCAAUGGAGGCUGCCAUGCAGCUAAUCUUUGAUAGGAACUGUGACAAAAAGCAGCCCAAAUACUGGCCCAUUAUUCCCCUUAAGCUGUGAGUACUUGAACUGUGCUCUGAUGUGGCACAGUGCUCCAGGGUCAGGUGCCUCAGGCUGGGCUGCUGAAAGAACAAACUGCAAAUUUUGGUUUUGGGCUGUGGGGGAGAGUCUGGCAAGGAUAGAAUGUAUUUCUUUGGCCUUUUUUUCUUUUACAGUGUCUGUCAGUGAUGCUCACAGUCCAUUCAACCCACAUACAGUUGUCAAUUAGUAAUAGGACGGACAGGAAUAUCAAACCUGUCUAAAAUUCACUCAUUUGAUGCCUGAUUGCCAUGACCAUGCUUGCAAAAAACAUAACGUCCAUACCCAGUGAACUGGGAAAACUUAAAGCAAUGAAAAGAAAAAAAAGACUUUAGGAAUUGUCUGCUCUUCUUGUUUAGGAAUUUGAGUGAUCCCAUUUUCUAGUCUUAUUUAACAUAGUAGUAUUAGGAUCUUGUUUCACACAGCAUAGCUUGAAGUGUUAUGUCUGCUAAUCUUGGGUUUUUUUGACAACCAGGAGCCCACUGGCCAAGCUACAACUUAUCAAAUUACCAUAGCCCAGACACUGGAAUUCUUUUUCAAAGGUUUAUAAUAAAGCAGGAAGUUUUUCUUCCAGACUGAUACUUGUCUGGCAGGAGUUUGACUCUAAAGCAACAUUUUAUAGAAGAAUGUUUUAAUGAAGGGGUGGGAGGAUUAGGUAGAAGCCUAAUGUGGUCCGGUCUGUUAGAGAUCUGUUUAGCAGAAGAGAAACUUAAGAGGACAUAGCACUAUUGGAGCCAGUGCCUACAGUGAUUUUUGCCAUUCUAGUAAAAAGCAGCAAUGGGCUUGAAGGCUUGAAGCUUUAAAGAAGGCUUAUUAGAGUGAUAGACUAUAUCUGACCAGUGUAUAUAGAGCUGUGGAAGACAGGUAGCCCUGUGGGCUACAUCUAUUUUAGGUGCAGCUUUCCAAUGGCCAAGUGCAUAGGACAUGGACAAAAUUUAAACAUAAGCAAAUAGAUGUGUACUCAUCCAUCUGCAGAGAUGUGCCUCUGUGUGUGCUCAUCUACUGCACUAGCUGUUUGGUUCUGCUUCUGUCACUCUUUACUUUGGGCCAAUUGUGCUUGCCCCACACCAGAUGGAGUGAGGUACACUGGUGUUUUAAGUAAGAGGGGCUGAACUGGCCCCUCAAAACCAGCAGCUCCUUAGAAAAUGGUACCCUGAACACUUAAAAGGAUUCUAUGUGAAGAUCUGCUGAUAAAUGUCAUUGUGUACUGAAGGGCAGUAGUUUGUGUUGCAACAUUUCCAUGCCAGGGCAAAGGAAGAUCUGCUGGUUUAUUAGCGACAUACUCAUCUGCCUUCCUGGAAACAGAGGAAGCUUACAGUUGAAAUUUUAGCUUCAGUUUAUGCUGACUGAGUGUCCAGAGUUUCUCUGUAGUAUGUGUAGUUUGUAAUACACCCAGCAGUUGCUGUGCCCUUUGCAGCAGACAGUUGCAACAAAGCAAGUCUGCUGUUUGGAAUAUCUUCGCUUUCAGUAGUAGUUACUGUGUUUUCAAAGCAGCAUUUCCUUUCACUUCAGAUGUGACCAGAUGAAGUUAAAUUGAUUACUGAAAUUAAAACACCUCCAGUUUCCAAAACUUAUUUCUGGUGUGAUUAAUCUGAAAAACUUCAGUGAGACAGGAGAGAAAAAAGGAUUAUUAACAGUCCUGCAUUUGUCCUCACUCUUGUAUUUGCCGGGUUUUGUCAAGAAUUCAGUGUUUUGUUUAGGUUUCCUUUCAUUGACCAAAUAAAUUUCCUUCUUAACACCUUGUAAUUUACUUUUUUUUAUAUAUAAACAAUCUUCCAUACUUAGAACACUUCAAUUCUUAGAUGGUAAAGCUUUCUUUUAGCUGCUGUAUUGUUUAAGGAAGAUUGAAUUUAGAGCAGGAGUGGUUUUAACAUAUGGAGAAGCACGAGGAGUGUUGACAGGACUUUCACAGCAAUGUCAGGCAAUACCACACAUGUAUGGUGUGGUGCAAAAUGAAUGGGAGGGUUGCUGUAUCCACUGGGGAAAACCCUGUCACAGAUAAACAUGUAUAAAUUCCUCUGUUCCUAUUUGAAAUGUGGUGGUGGUGUCUUCCCUGUGCAGUUCCGGUCAGAAAAAAAAAAAAAGGAAGAAUGUGUAGGGUAGGACGGACCUUACUUUUCAACACAAGUUCCAGUUCUUGCUGUGGUUGAUUCUUCAUCCAACUGGUUCUGCUAGCAGAAGCAGAAAUUCUGGUCUCAAAAAGCAUUUGUAGAGAUCUCAUAUAAGAGAAACACUGAAUUCCUUUCCUAUUUCACAUAAAAUGUAAAUUUACAAAAAUAAAUUUAUAUAAAGGAAAUUACCUUGCCUUUGGUUCUUUUAAGUAUUUUUAAGAGGGUUUAAUAUGCUUAAUAUGCUGUGAGGUUAGAAAGAGAGAGAACUGGAUGAAUUGUUCCCUAGGAACUAUGUACUAACUCCUGAAAGGGGGGAAUACCCUACUGAAGACUUAAGAGUUUGCUACCAAAUAAUCUCAUUUCAGGAGAUGGGCCAGCAAAAUGGGACAUCUGGCCAACUACUGCCAGAUGGUUCCAUUUUGCUGGAAAUUCAGCAGAAUUUGAAAAUUCUGUGUUGCAGUUCUUUUACUCUAUCUCCCAUGUCAUUUUACAUUUUUGAUAAAUACAUCACAUAAAAGCAUGUGAUCAUGGAGAAAUGCAGCAGCAACUCAAAAAUGCCUCUUCAGUCAUCUGUAGCAUUCACUGUUUUUGCAUACAUGUAUUACCCUGCAUCCUCACUCAUGGGAACAUGUACACUUUUUUUCCCCCAGAGAUAAAAUGUUCCUUGACUAGAAUGCAGCUGUGGUGCUGCAGACUUGAUUCUUCCUUCUCCUGAAGGUUGCACCUUUGCUUUCAGUUAUGCCAGCUGUUGGUAUAGUCCUGCCCAAAGGGAAUUCUUUACUUGCUGGUGGUACUGUUUCUCAUGAGCUUUUCCCAGCUCCAGUAGAAGGAAUUAUGCCCUGAAGUCACAAGUUGUCAUCCAAUCAGUCUUGAUUUCAAAAACUGGUUUCCUCAUUUCUGACAUGCAGAUCAGGUUUAUUUUCAGGAGAAGAGGUUGUGAUUGGUUGAAGAUGCUUUGAAGAUAGGAGAAAAAUGUAAUAGGUCUUUUCUACUAAAAGGAUUCUUAAAAGAAAUGAGAAAAAAGAACCCUUUUAGAAUUGGUGUAAUAGAAAUGUAACACAGAAAUGAAGCAAUGAUCUGUUUCCUACCAAAAGAAAAAAUUGCUUACUUUAAUGCAUUGGUGACGUUAUCAAGGGCUCUUGUUCUUUUAGAAUUAUUUCCCCAUACAGCAGCUGACAGCUCAGUGUGCCUUGUGUGUACAGGCAACCUGAGAAGAGAUUCAACCCUUUUGAUGAGCAUCAUUUUCCCAAAAAAAUGUUAUGGGUAAGUAUUCAUGCUUUUUGACAGGGGGCUCAUUAAUGGCUGGCUGCAAACAUCUCACACUUGGAAAAAGGGUUAAUAAAGAGCAACCUAAAUUUCUGUAACAGCCUUUGUGAAAAAUAAACAUCACAUACAUAACACA